CCCGACACCAGAAUGUUGAACACUGCGACUGACUCAGUCAACGCUGUUCGCACGACCCUCAGAGGAACUGCGCCCGUCAUGAAAGCCGUGCGCUUCCACGGACGCGGCGAUAUCCGACUGGAUGAGAUCGAAGAGCCAACUUGCGGGAAGGGUCAAGUGAAGUUGCGACCAGCCUUUGUGGGGAUUUGCGGCAGUGGUACUGAUCUGGUAGAUCUACACGAAUACACUGGCGGCCCCGUCCUCGUCCCCCAAACACCCCACAAGAUCACCGGCGCCACACGUCCAGUAACCCUGGGGCACGAAUUCGGCGGGAUCAUCGAAGCAGUCGGCCAAGGGGUCAGCCACGUUUCGCCCGGACAACGGGCUGUCGUCCGACCCACCAUCUUCGACCGGGACUGUGCAUCCUGCAAGCUCGGCUACCAGUACUGCUGCGAGAACAUCGGAUUCAUUGGACUCUCGGGUUACGGCGGCGGCCUCGCCAAAUCCAUCGUCGCGCCAGCCGAGCACCUUUACCCCAUCCCAGACACCAUCUCCCUCGAAGCCGCCGCCCUCAUCGAACCCCUCGCCGUCGCCUGGCACGCCGUCAACAUCUCCCCCUUCAAACCCGGCGACAGCGUCCUGGUCCUCGGCGGCGGACCCGUGGGCAUCGGGAUCGUCCAGGUCCUCCAGAUGCAAGGCGCGCAGAACAUCAUCGUGGCCGAGCUGAUGGAGAACCGGAAACGGCUCGCCCGGGACUACGGCGCCGCGCAUAUCGUGGACCCGCGCGAGGGCCAGGGCCAGGGCCAGGGCGAGGCCAGGCAGACCGUCGCUCCGCGUGUACGUGAACUGACGGGGGGCGUGGGCGCGGAUGUCAUCUUCGAUACUGCCGGGGUGGAGGCGGCGUUGAACGAGGCGAUCGGCGCAUGUCGCACCCACGGGACGAUUGUGAAUAUUGCGGUGUGGGAGAAGCGUCCUGCCAUCAGGGUUAAUGAUUUGAUGUAUAGUGAGGUGAAAUAUAUGGGGUCAGCGCUGUACGAUGAGAGUGCGUUUGUGAAUGUCAUUCAGGCGUUGAAUCAUGGUCAAUUGAAACCGGAGAAGAUGGUCACCGCGAAGGUCAAAUUAAAUGAUGUGGUGGAGAAGGGGUUUGAGGAACUGGUGCGCCAUCGCGAUAAGCAUUGCAAGAUUCUGGUGGAUGUGCAGGGUUAG